GAUCUCUUCUUAAUAACCGAUAUAGCCUUUGAUAUAUAGCUAUAAUGUUUGUGAUUUGGAUAUAGGCAAAGUGAAUUGCCUCAUGCAUAUGAAUUUCUUAUAUAUAAACCAGCAUCAAAAUAAUGACGAUGGCAAGGCCUUAAUAAUUCAUCGUUAAUUAAAACUACUCUAGCUAAAAUUGCAUGCAAAUUUCAGCAGUCAUACAAACAGGUGCAUAUUAGAAAUAUAAUAAUUACAAUCAAUAGUUUACAUGAUACUCCCGUAUGCUAUAUUCCACUUUCGUUUCUAUAAGCCCGCCAAAUCAUUACCCCGCGGCCUUUUAAUAUACAGGCAUUCACUCAAGCGGCAUAUAUUCGUACAAAUUCUUACCAGCCAAAAGGCACUCGCAUUAGUCUUAAAUUUUUAACAAGGGUCGCAGUAAAAAAAAUUAGUUUUGUAUUAUACCAUUAAUAUUGAUAGGAAUCUUCUUAAAUUGAAGAACUGCGCAAUUCGCAUAAAGAUAUAUAUGUCAAAAUUACUGCUGCUGUUGCUAGACGAGCGGCGUAAAAAAGUAAACCCGGCAUGGCAAAUAUUCAAAGGGAAAAUGACAUCGCAAAGGUGUGCAUGUUUUACGUAACGUUUGUAGCGAUACUGGGCUGUUUUCCGGUCGAAUCGAGGUCGAGUAAAGUGAUAAAACUCGGCGCUAUGUUUUCGACGGAAAAUUUAACAAAUUGCCUUCGCGAUCGCCUGUGGUUGAUCAACAAAAACCUGACCCUUUCGAACCGAUCGUUGGAAUACAAGCUGGUGAACUACUCCAUGAACGACAAUCCGAUUCGUGCUGCAUUAGACGUGUGCGAAAACAUUCUGAAUGAGCAGGUCUUUGCCGUGUUCGUGAGCGAGGACAAUUCCGCGGCGAACGAUGCGGUCAUCGGUAUCUCUUACACGUGCGGGUUUUUUGACGUUCCUGUUGUUGGGAUCGAUGUGAGGGAUGCAAUAUUUUCUGAUAAGAGUGUUCACCCUUCAUUUCUCCGAACAGUGCCUCCAUUUUACAAUCAAGCAAAAGUCUGGGUGGAGUUUUUAAAGCAUUUCAAGUGGAAGAAAGUGCUGACCAUUACAACCAAUGAGUAUGAAAGCAAAACUCUCCUUGCAAAAUUUCUUGCUCUAACUUCAAACAGCGAUAUUAAGGUGGAAAAAUCCAUUCAAUUGUUACCUGGAGAGUUGAACGUAACUGCGGAGCUGAAGAAACUAUCAAAAACCAUCUCCAGAGUGAUUCUGUUCUUUGUAAAUAACGAAGAUGCAAAAGUAAUCUAUCGUGAUUCAUCAAAGCUUUUGCUGGACAGAAAAGGUUACGUGUGGUUGGUGGCAGAACAAGCAUUGACUGGACAUGACGGCACCUUGUUGGCUCCGAUCGGAUCAAUCAGCAUUCAACUAGUUCAGGGAUCAGACGAAAAGGCCCAUUUAUUUGAUUCUCUCGACAUUGUGACCGGGACAAUAAAUUCUUUGGAACUAGACGAUGGCCUACAGAACAUUAAAUUCUUAGACAAUGGCUGCCAUAGUUCGACUCCGUGGUCUGCCGGUAGAAGCAUUUACGAGAAAUUACUGAACACAUCAAUGCAAAACGGUCUCACAGGAAAUGUCGAGUUUAAUGAUUUGGGUGACAGAAAACACAACAGAUACAGAAUAGUGAACGUUCAAAAGUCGGGUGUUCACGAAAUUGGUGACUAUCAAGAUGAUCUUGUCAGGAUUACUGGCAGUAUUGUAUGGUUAGGAGAUACCAAUGAGACACCAAAGGGCACAUACUUAUCUAAACAUUUGAGGAUUGUUACAGUCAAGCAACAUCCCUUUGUGUACGUAGAAGAUCGCCCACCAGGAAAUGGCACUUGCUCUGAUCUAAAUAAGGGGAAUAAAUACUACGUGGAGUGCACUGGAACGGUGUUUGAUCUACACGAGGACCAUGACAAAGAAUAUGGCGUUCAUUGUUGUUCUGGUUUUUGCAUUGGCUUGCUGAAACUGCUUUCGGAAAAGAUCAACUUCACAUAUGACGUGCAUUUGUCGGAAGACGGACGUUUUGGUUCCUUUGUUAAAAAACCGGGAAGCGAAGAGAAAAGAUGGAAUGGAAUGGUGGGAGAAAUACUGGAAGACAAAGCAGACAUGAUCAUCGCCUCUCUGACAAUCAAUAAUGAAAGAGCUAGGGUCGUUGACUUCUCAAAACCCUUUAAAUAUCAAGGAAUCACUAUUUUAGUGAAGAAGAGUGAGAACCCGAGCAGUUUGGGCUCGUUCCUUCGACCAUUUCAAAUUGAAUUAUGGCUGCUAGUUUUGUUGUCUGUUCACGUGGUGGCGGUAAUACUGUACCUCCUGGAUAGAUUCAGUCCAUUUGGUAGAUUUCAGCUUGCCAAGUCUGACAAAGAUGAAACACCGCUUAAUCUAUCGAGCGCAAUGUGGUUUUCCUGGGGAGUCUUGCUGAAUAGUGGGAUUGGAGAAGGUACACCUAGAAGUUUUAGUGCUAGAGUACUGGGGAUGGUCUGGGCAGGAUUUGCUAUGAUAAUUGUCGCUAGUUAUACUGCCAACUUGGCAGCGUUCUUGGUUCUCGAUCGACCAAAGGCAGUCGUGUCUGGUAUUGACGACCCACACCUACGAAAUCCUACGAGCAGUUUCACGUAUGCUACAGUUGCAAACAGCAGUGUUGAUGAUUAUUUCAGACGUCAGGUUGAACUCUCUACAAUGUACACGUUCAUGAGCAAAUAUAAUGUGGAUUCUGCCGAGGAUGGGAUUGAAAAAGUGCGCGAUGGGGAAUUGAAAGCUUUCAUCUGGGACUCGCCAAUUUUGUACCACGAAUCUUCAAAGGACUGUUCAUUGACGACAGCAGGUGAACUGUUUGGACGCUCAGCCUAUGGUAUUGGAUUACCCAAAGAUUCACCGUGGACAAAUGAGGUGUCGCUUGCUAUCCUUAACUUUCACGAGAGUGGUAAAAUGGAAGCGCUGGAAACGGCUUGGAUUGAUAUUGGAAAUUGCCCGGAAAGCAGCAAUGCACCAGCUACACUCGGUCUGAGUCACAUGUUAGGUGUGUUCAUAAUGGUGCUGGCAGGCAUAGGUGCCGGGGUCAUUAUCAUUAUCCUUGAGAUACUGUAUCACAAACAUCGUGGAUGGCGUGCCGACCAAAGAGAUCUUGCGAAGAAGACCACUGAAUUAUGGAAAAGUAAUGUUAUGAUGACAAAAAAUGGUCGAACUCACGCGAAGGAAAGCAAUGGUGUGAACGGUGAACAGAAUGGCCACGCGGUGACGGAGUCGGUAAGAACCAACCCAGUUUUCGUAACCGAUGCAGAGCUUUAUUGAACUAUUAUAUUAAAAUCAUGCACGGUAUUAAUAUUAAUAUUGUGCACUGUAUAGUCGCUUGGCGACUGCAUGUAGACAACGUUUACAUGCGCAAUAAACUUUUAUAUAAGUUACAAUAGACAUAAGUUACCAUGCAGGUAAUUCUUAGUAAUUCUGGGGAGUUGAGGAAAUGGUAAUCUGUUACGGAAGCAAUUAAUAUCCUAUAAGGACGGUUGUUCGAAAGGCGUUUAGCUUACAGUGCAUGGAUAAGUUUAA